GACAUAGGAUUUGUAGAGAACUCAAACAAAAUGAAAGUAGCGCAAAAGGCAUUUCAAGGCAAUGCAUGGGAGUUUCAGGAAAGAUUUGAUUGUAUUGUGGAAGCUGGUUUGGAUCGCGAGGCUGUCUGCAAAAUGAUUAAAGCGUACCCUCUAAUUCUUAGCCAGUCAAAGGCUGUUAUUGAAAUGAAGAUUGAUUUUCUUGUAAAUCAUUUGCGUUAUCCGUUAUCAACUGUGCUGACCUUCCCAAGAUUUCUUACAUAUGGAAUUAAAAGGGUCAAGCGUAGGGUGUUUAUGUACAAUUGGCUCAAAGAUCAAGGAACGGCAGAUCCUAGCUCGAAGCCCUUGUACAACGCGACAACAUUCGUGUAAGUUUGUAACAAAACAAACUCUACAGAAAGAAAAAAAAGAAGAUCAAUUGUUGGUUUGUUGCUUGUCAUCGUCUCUGGUUCUGUUUUGUGACAGAAAAUACACAUCAGGAGCGUUCCAGGAAUUAGAAGGAAUAAAACCAUUCGAGAUUUUUACUCGAGAAAAAAAGUUUGAACAUAAAAUUUGUUUUUAAACUUGGUGCAUUGGUUUGGAAGAUGUGGAUCAUACGUAGGAUGGUGGUUGUAAACUUGUAGUUCUGGAAUAUGAAAAUUGUUGUAC